UAAAGCCCAAGACCAGUUUAGUAUAAAUCUAUUCGAACCCCGAAAUGUGAGUCAGAAACCCUAAGAUAAACAAGCCGCAAGGUACUGCACAACGAAGAUUGGAGUUUGGAGAAGGAAGCUUAUGUCAUCUUUCAGUGUGCUUGCCCGACGAACGUGACAGAGUAGCAGGCUAGCAGCAGCUCCAGUGUCGCUUCACAUUGAACAAUUUGCAAUUAAGUGUUUAUAAGGAGAAUAGGCGCUGGGAGAAAAGCGAAACGCCCAAACUUACCUCCUACUUGCGAGUGUGGGGUUCGAUCAACACGAGAGAAUCCGCUCUUCGAGACAUACUUCCAACUAGUUCCAAUCGUUGGGUUGGAUCAAGAAGAGAGGAUCCCAUUCUUCGAGGAAGGAGAGAUCAAGAAGCAAAAAGGCAAUUAUGAGGAUUGUCGGAUUGACAGGUGGAAUCGGAUCGGGGAAGAGUACUGUUUCUAAUCUCUUCAAGUCUCACUCAAUCCCAGUCGUGGAUGCAGAUCUUGUUGCUCGUGAUGUUUUGAAGAAGGGAACUGGUGGUUGGAAAAAGGUAGUUGAAGCAUUUGGCGAGGACAUACUUCAGGCCAAUGGUGAGGUUGAUAGGCCAAAGCUAGGCCAAAUUGUGUUUACUGAUCAAGGGAAACGCCAGGUCCUUAAUAGGUUACUUGCACCUUAUAUAUCACAGGGUAUUUUUCAAGAAAUUAUAAAAUUAUGGCUGAAGGGUUACAAGGUUAUCGUCCUCGACAUCCCCUUGUUGUUCGAGGUUAAGAUGGACAAGUGGACAAGUCCCACUAUUGUUGUAUGGGUUGAUCCAGAAACUCAGCUUACACGGCUUAUGGAAAGAGAUGGUACAUCGAUGGAAGAUGCAAAAAGCAGGAUAGAUGCUCAGAUGCCUCUUGAUGUAAAAAAGACCAAGGCAGAUAUAGUGAUUGACAACACUGGAUCUUUUGAAGAGCUAAAGGAACAUUUUUUGAGGGUACUAAAACAGGUCACAAAGCCAUUGACAUGGACUGAGUUUUGGCUUUCCAGACAGGGAGCUUUUCUAGCAUUUGGGUCGAUUUUUAUCGGGGUUUUAGUAUGUAGGAAAGCUUUAUAAAUGAAAUGCUUUUUGACAAAAAGUUGCGCUGAAGUUCAUAGUGGUUGUGAUUAUUUCCUCCCACAUGGAAGCAUGCAUUCUAUACUGCUAAACCAAGUAGACAAUUAUUUCUAGUUAUAACACUUUAUUACUGUAGUAUAAUACACUCUUUGUUUAUGAAGUUGAUUGUGAAUGGAUAUAUGAAAUGAACACAUUGCCAUUGAGGUGAAA